CGCAGAAGCACUGCAUGUUCGACAAGGGCAACUUCCUCAACCUCACACCCACCAACCGGUACCGUAUCCGAUCGGUGACGGGGGAUACAACAAUGGCAGAGGGGGUGGGUGAUGUCCAGCUGUUCGUGCGGACAGCAAAGGGUCGUGUGGCGGAGAUGCGAGUGAAGGAUGUGUUGUACGUGCGGCGUCACGAUGAGGGUCCUGACAUCGGCGGGUGCCCCCAACGGCAGGUCAACGUCGUCAGGACAGAGGAGGAGAACAAGAUGCCCACCUUGCUUACAUCCGCAACAGGGCCCCGCAGCUGCGCGGCAGCACCAUCCUCCGCAGGCAGCAUGCACAGCGGGAGUGGCAGGAGAUGCUCAACGACCGCGUCCGCGUGCGACUGGGGAAGCCGCCGCAGAACAGAUAUGGCGAUGAUGCGGGGCGGACGUAGACAUAGAGGGGGAGGCAGAGGGGUCGGUGCAUCAGUGUGCAUGUGCGUGUGUGUGAUGUGAUGUGUUGUGGUGCGUUGUGCUUUGUUGUAUCGUGUCGUGUGAAUAGAAUGAGUGUGCAUUCACUCACUGAUGUGUCUGGCUGCCAUGCCUGCUGUGAUUGAUGAGGAGCUGAGGCGUGACUUGGCGCAAGCCCGGCUUUUGGGCGAGCCCAAGACGUAUGCGCAGGCAAUGAAGAAUCCACUGAGACAUAGAUGGAGGAGGCGAUGGAUCGUGAGAUGAAUAGUGUGCGUGCAAAGGAAGUGUACAAGACAGUGUCUCGUAGCUCAGCUAGAGGUCAGGUCCUGUCUAUCAAAUAGGUGUUUGCUGUACGGUGCGUGGUUUUGAGCAGCCAUGGCAGGAGAGAGACCCGACAUUCUCACCCACACUCAACUUUGAUGCGUUUCGUGUCGAAGCCAGCACAGCCAAUGCGACGGACCUUGACCUGAAGCACAUGGAUGUCGAGACAGUUUCUUUACUCUCCUUUGCAUGAGCCUCUAUGGUGUGAGUUUCCUGAUGGCUAUCGUGUGGAUAUAUUGGGUGUGUGAUGGAGUUAGCGGGUGCUGUAUGGUCUGCCCGACGCACCUCGUGCGUGGCACGUACAUAUCGAUUCGUAUUUGUGUGAGCUGGGCUUCCUAUCUGUUCGCAGUGAGACGUGACUCUAUUACCACGAGUCUCGCCGUAUUUUGCUCGCGCGGUAUGUAGAUGAUAUGGUAGUUGCAUCGACGAGUGAGAGCUAUGCGUGGCUGCAGGACCGACUGAAUGAAGGGUUUGUAGAUGUGAGUACCUUUUUGGGCGUGUCACUUGCUCGGGACAGACAGAGUGGCCUGCUCACGCUCCAUCCGUCUAAGUACGUGGAUGCUGUGUUAGACAAGUUCAAUAUGACUGACUGCACGCCGGCCGAUUGCCCUCUACCUAUCGGCCCCGAUCUCAAUGUGCGUAGUGAUGCGUACUCACAGAGAGAACUGGCCAAGAUAGCUGGCUUCCCGUAUCGAUCUGUAGUGGGCCACCUGCAGUACGCUGCGUCGACAUGUAGGCCUGAUCUGUCCUUUGCGUGUUCCGUGCUGUCUCGUGUGUUGGAUGCACCCACACCUGUUCAUGUACAUGUACAUGCGUGUGGUCAUGUGCUGCGUUACAUCAAGGGGACACGGGAGCUAGGCAUCACUUUUUCUGGCGGUGAAUGGGACACAGUGGAUGUGCAUGCGUCUGGCUGUUUUCAAUCUGGAUGGCUAUGCUGAUGCGUCACUGACUGACCAGCCAGGAGCAAAGUCGACUGAUGGUCAUGUGGUGUUCAUGGGUGGCGGCGUUGUCAUGUGGCGGAGCCCGUCCAGCACACUGCUGCACAGGGUACAUGCAUGUGAGUGAGAGUAUGAUGCCAUGGCGCAGUGCACCAAGGCACUCGUAUAUGUGAAGUUCGUGCUGGAGGAAUGGGUUGGUUUGUUCAUUUCGUGUGGUCGUCUCUCUCUGUAUGGCGCCACCUUCAUUAUUUACGUGACUAUACAGAGAGAGAUGGUCCUCAGAUACGUGCCGAGCAAGGAAAACGUAGCCGAUAUUUUCACUAAGGUGCUGGAUAGAAAAAGCUUUCUUUAUAAAUAGAAGGAGCUUUCUUUUGCUCGGGCGGUGUCCGCCUCAGUGCCCAUAUUGUCCUUUUUGGUGCCACUGAGGGGUGACAGGAUUGGCCAGGAAUAUGACCGGUAUCUGUACAGUGUACCAGCGGCAUGCACUGUGGUCUUUGACGUGUGGGACUCAUGGCCAUGUGUGUGUGGCUCAGUGACGGAUAGUCUCUUCACUCACAUCGGAUCUGACAGAGACGGCUCGAUGAACAAGGGCUUUGCCAAUGGUGAGAGCGGUAAAACUGACUCCCGAGUAUGCUCACCAUCCUUAUGUCAGCGUUCUGAUGGCCACUUCCCCAGGGCAUCACUUCUGUGCACUCUACAUGUCAAGGGUUGAUGAUCCAUGACGGACUCGGUGGGGGGUCGGGCAGAGGCUUCUAUUUGGCAUGCUUGCAGUGAUUGAAGGGACAGCUUGCGUAGUUCUUAGUUUGGAUUCUUGAUGGAUUCCUCGUGCCGAUGCGCUUUGUAUCUGUCCGUCCCUCAGUCCAUCGGUUUAUGAAAUACGUACUGAGAUAUCUGGCUGGGCAGAUACAUACAUAACCUGUCGUAUCAUGUCAACAUAUGUUUGUGAGUGAGUGAGCGAGUGAGUCUUCACAACCCAUGUGUGUGUGGUGUGGUGUGCCAUCCCUGUGUGUGUAGGUGUCCCUCCCCCCUCUCCCCGUUGGCAGAUACGUACGUACGUGUGUGCAGACCAGCAGCAUCCCCGCCCAUCAGACAGCCACACAGGCAGGCAGGCAGGCGGGCAGACGGAGGGAUGGGAGAGAGACAUCAACGAUGAAUGCCGACACACAGCAGGCAGGUGGGCACGCAGGCAGGCAGGCAAUGCGGCUAUUUGUCCUUUCCUUUCCUUUCCUUCUCCUUUCCUCCUUUGCACAGUAAUCAGAUGGCCAGCCAGCCAGCCAGCCAGCCAGAAAACAAACGACGACAUCCAACCGGGACGCGCAUACAUGUGUAUGCUGUCUAUGCUGUGUAUGUCAUGUCCGCACGGCACGCACACCGAUGCGAUGCGAUGCACAUCCACCAACCAUCCAACCACCCAUCCAUGCAUCCAUCCAUCUCCACACAAAGGAAGAAGCACACCAUAGGUACACAUGACACUCGCACAUCCAUCCAUUCAUCCAGCCAUCCAUGCAGCCUCCCUGUCAAUCUCUUCUUCGGUCUGUCGGAGCGUGUGGCGCAUUCUCUGCCCCAAAUAACGGGCAGAGAGCACCCACUCAUCUCGUCUCUCGUCGCGUGUCGCCCCUUCCUUCCUGCCUGCCUACCUGCCUGCCCGCCUGCUCGCCUUUCUGCCAGCCACAACACAUCGCUCUGUCCCUCGCUCUCCC